AUGGGCCUCUUCUCCCGCAAGGAAAAGGCCCCCAAGGCCUCGGGCAAGCCUUCUAUCAAUACCUCGAGCGUUAGCAUCAACUCGGGUACUUCUAGUAUCAAAUCGCCACCACCACGCAGUAUCACCAUGAACAGAACUUCGGGGGCAAGCACCAUGCCCGGAACCCCCUUGACGCCCUUUUCUCCUGCUCCUAUACCCAAGGUCGACCUACCGCGCCCUCCUGACCCGCAACUCGACCCUGCGGGUUAUCUCCGCAGCCUGGGCGCCGUUAGAGAGAGGAGCAAGAUUGUGACUGAGAAGGCCCUCCGCAACGAGCUCAAGCACUUUGAUGUGGAUAUGCGAAAGUUCCCCGAUGUUGUCUCGUUUGUUUCUCAAAUUAUCAAGAGAGAUUACGAUGCACCUUUCAACACGAUUCCUGGCCAUGGAAGACAUCAGCACUUUUGCGUCGGCGGCCGGGAUCGCAUUGCCCAGCUACUUUCUACUUUCCCCGAAGAUGUUGACAACAGCGAGAAAUGUCGUCGCAUGAUUGAUCUUUUCGUCGUCAGUGUCCUGCUAGAUGCUGGUGCAGGCACGAAGUGGAGCUAUAAGAGUACAGAAAAUGGUCGCAUAUAUCGCCGCUCAGAGGGAAUUGCUGUGGCCAGUUUGGAGAUAUUUAAAACGGGUCUGUUCUCCAGCGACCCCAAGAACAAGUUCCAGGUCGACAAGGAAGGGCUGCGCAACCUGACGGUUGAGAAGAUGGCCGCAGGACUGCAGUCCAAGCCAGGCAACGACAUGGCGGGCAUUGAAGGGAGGACACAUCUUCUUUUGCGACUGGCGAAUGCUCUCGCUGAAAAGAGGGAGUACUUUGGAGAAAAUGGCCGGCCAGGCAACAUGGUUGACUACCUGCUGGCACACCCUUCAACACAGGCGUCGUCCACACCGAUUGUCAUCCUCCCGACCUUGUGGAGCGUUCUCAUGAACGGUCUUGCACCUAUCUGGCCCGCGUCAAGAACAGCCAUAAAUGGCAUGUCUUUGGGCGACGCCUGGCCUUGCCAGUCCAUGCCGCAACCCCCGCAGAGCCCGACGACCUCACAAUUCUCGCCCUUCCCCCCAUCAGCUCAAAAUUCAACAGCCGCAUGGGAGUCUAUCCUUCCUUUCCACAAGCUCACGCAGUGGCUUUGCUACAGUCUGAUGCAGCCCAUGCAAAGUCUACUCCGAAUCCAAUUUGCCGGCGUCGAACUGCUUACUGGUCUGCCCGAGUACCGCAACGGUGGCUUGUUCAUCGACCUGGGCGUUUUGACGCUGAGGCCUGACGAUACUGAAAGGGGUCUCCAGCACUACGAUGAAUAUUGCCGCAGAACAGGUGUGAAGCCCGUGGAAGUCGCACCCAUGUUUGAGCCUGGUGACGACGUCGUCGUGGAGUGGCGCGGUGUGACUGUGGGCUUCUUGGACCGGCUUUGCGUCGAGGUCAACAAGUAUCUCAAAAACGACCUGAACGGACACGAGUUGACAUUGGCUCAAUUACUCGAAGCCGGAAGCUGGAAGGGUGGUCGCGAAAUGGCCGAGUUUAGUAGACCCAAUACGAAAGAGCCACCCAUUCUCAUUGAUAGCGAUGGAACCGUUUUCUAA